AUCUCAUUUAUGCGGCCGAGACUGGUGGAAAUCUCCCCAUAAUCGCGCUCCUUCCGCAUUCCCAUAUUCUGAUUUCCCCAUAAUCCCUCCCCUUCCCAAUUUCUGAUUUCCACAAUCCCGUCACCGCCUGUCCGCCACCGGCCACCCCCAGUCGGUCGUCCGAUAGCCCGCUGCCCCCUGUCUGCAGCCAGAAAUUCAGCUUUCUGCCUUCCGUUCUCUAUUUCUCUUUCUCUUCUUAGAUUUUGUUACUUUCAAAUCAGUUGCUAUGUCGACGGUACCAUCAUCAUCAUCCACAUCAAUUUCUUCACAAUUCACAUAUUCAAACGGAUCAUAUUUUCCGACGCCCUUUCAUUUACAGCAACCGCAGUAUGCCGCGCUACCACAACCUUCUCUUCCUGCCGCUGUUCCUAUGAUUCCUACUGCAUCCGUUGUUCCUGCAGCGUAUUCCGCUGCUCCAGGUGUCUAUACGCUUCCUCAAUUUCAGCAGGCACAACAACUAUUUCAAAAAGAUGCACAAACUAUAACUCCUGAAGCUUUAGAGAGUGUCAAAGCAGCUCUUGCAAGUAGCGAUAUUGAACACAAAGCUGAAACAAAGAAGAAAGCAAUACCUCGUAAAGCUGCAGGGCAGACAUGGGAGGAUCCAACACUAGCAGAAUGGCCUGAAAAUGACUAUCGCCUAUUUUGUGGCGACCUUGGAAAUGAGGUGAAUGAUGAUGUCUUGUCAAAAGCCUUUUCACGGUUCCCUUCGUUCAACAUGGCAAAAGUGGUUAGAGAUAAGCGGACAGGUAAGACUAAGGGUUAUGGUUUUGUUAGCUUUGCCAACCCUUCAGACCUGGCUGCUGCAAUGAAAGAAAUGAACGGUAAAUAUGUUGGAAACCGGCCAAUUAAACUACGCAAAAGCAAUUGGAAAGAGAGAAUAGAUGUAGAAGCUUUGGAAAGGCAAAAGAACCAUGCGUCAAAGAAGCCUAAGCUGGCUAAGAAGAGUGUGUUGCACAAGUGAAUAUCAGCAACUUGAGUUACCAGAACAAUUGACGUUCGUUGAACUUUUUGUGGGCUCUUUGCUUGAUGACAUGUUCUGUUGGAGAUAUGAUUAUGUUCAUGCUCGCCAGACCAAAUUCGGAAAUAUGUCUACAUAAAUGAUUAAUUUAGCUUGGCUUAAUCGAAUGUGCCAUGGGGCUUGCUUGUAUUUGAACAGAUUAAGAAAUUCUUAGUAUUAAGUUGUAUUAUGUUGCAUCAUUUCAGUAAAAUGUUAUUGCAAAAUAAGUAGUAUUCUUCGCUUACUUCAAA